UUACAUUUAUAUAAACACAUUAUUUCAUUACAACCACACACACACAGCAAAUUUUAUACAAAACCAGAGACCAUGCAACCCGAUAAUUCCCAUUUGUACAGAUUUCUCACCGAGAACGGAGCAUUUAACAUUGGCCCUUACAGCCUGCCAACCCUAUGCAGUUCAUCAUCUUCUUCUUACCAUAAUUAUCCUUUGGAAGGUUCUGUAAUUACGGAUAUGACACCACAAGAUAAAGCUCUUGCUGCUUUAAGGAAUCAUAAGGAAGCUGAAAAGAGAAGGAGAGAAAGAAUUAACUCCCAUCUUGAUAAGCUUAGAGCUCUUCUUCCAUGCAAUUCUAAGACAGACAAAGCUUCACUUCUAGCAAAAGUUGUCGAAAGAGUGAGAGAACUGAAACAGCAGACCUCACAAAUUCCAGAGCUGGAUUCUUUUCCUUCUGAAACAGAUGAGAUUAGUGUUCUUUGUGGUGAGUAUUCAAGUGAGGGCCAGUUGAUCUUCAAAGCUUCUUUAUGCUGCGAAGAUCGGGCCCAUCUUUUGCCUGACCUAAUUGAAAUACUAAAGUCACUUCAUUUGAAGACUGUUAGAGCUGAAAUGGUAAGUCUUGGAGGGAGAAUGAGGAAUGUUCUUAUCAUUGCAGCGGAGAAAGAUCAUAGCGUCGAAUCAGUCCAUUUCUUACAAAAUGCAUUGAAGUCUUUACUCGAACGAUCCAAUUCUAGUGAUCGAUCUAAAAGAAGACGGGUUUUCGAUCAUAAAAUAAUAAUGCAAUGACUAAUUUGUAGCUGUCCUUCCAUAAUAUUUUUUUCGCAUCUUCAUUUUCCGUGUGCUCGUAAUUUAUUCUGCAUUAUCUCCCCCUUGCAAUGAACAAAUUAAUAUUAGCUUCAUUGAUUCUAGAUGUGCAUCACCAUCAUUAUUAACUAAUUAAUAAGUUAAUUUUGUAGGUUUA